AUGAUGAUAAUAAUAUACAUUUUUAUUUUAAUUUCCUCUGUUAAUUCUAUUGCAAUUGAUAUUCGUUAUCCACAAUUUUUUCAUCAAUCAUUAAAUGAUUCAUCAAUAGAAAUAACUGAAGGUAAAAGUCCUGGAAGUUUUAUUGCAUUUAUUAAUAUUGUUAAUGAUACAAAUAUUAUUCCAAAUGAAUGGUUAUUAAAUGUAACUGAUCUAGAUUUUAAAAUUCAAUCAAAUGGUUUAUCAUAUUCAUUAAUAACAACAAAAGUACUUGAUCGUGAACGUAAAAAUUUCUAUGAAUUUUUUAUUAAUGCUCAACAUCUUAUUCCACCUUAUGAAAAAAUAUCAAAAUUAAUACGUAUUCAUAUACUUGAUAUAAAUGAUUGUAUACCAUCAUUUAAUCAAACAAUUUAUCAAACAACUAUGAUACCUAAUAUAACUAAUUUUCUAAUAAAUGCAUAUGAUUGUGAUGAAUUAAAUAGUGAAAAUAGUCGAAUAACAUAUUCUUUAUCAAAUUAUCAAGAUUUAUUUCAUAUUAAUGAAACAACUGGUUUAAUUGAAUGUAUUAAAAAUACAAAUACAUAUGAAAAUUAUGAAAUAAUUGUUGUUGCACGUGAUCAUGGUAAACCAUCAUUAUCAUCAACAAUAUUAGUUCAAAUACAAUUAAUAUCAUCAAUUCAUAAAAAAAAUUCUUUAUCAUCAACAUCAUCAUGGUUACAUGUUGAACAAAAUCCUCAAAAUAUUCUUAUACUUGCUGGUAUUCUAGCUAUUUUAUUUGUAUUUAUAUCAUUAUUUAUAUGUUUAAUAUGUUGUAUAAAAUAUAAAAUUAAACGAUGUAAAGAAGAUAAUAGUUUAACAACAACAAUGACAACAACAAAUUAUAAUAAUAUUGAUACAAUAUUAAAUGAAAAAAAAACUUUUAGUUCAACAUCAUCAACAACAUCAUCGAAUGAUCUUCAACAACAUACAGCUAAUGGAGAAUUUACACGUAUUACAGAUGAUUUACAUUUUGAACGUGCAGCAAUUCUUUAUGAUACAAUGAAUGUCUUUCCAAAUACAUAUUAUUUACCACUUAAAAGACAAUCGGAAUUAAUUGAAAAUGUUAAUAAUUCAAAUAAUAAUGAUACAUCAUUGCAUAUACCACAAUCAUCAUCAUCAACAACAAGUAGUCCAAUAUCAACGAAUGCAAUUGAUACAAAAACUGGUUCAGAUGAUGGAUGUUAUUGUUCGAGUGAUAUGUCAUCUGAACAAUCGAAUAAUCUUCUUUUACUUAAUCCAUCAUCACUUUCAACAACAAAUCCAAAAUUAUCAUCAAAACAUGUACGAUUUAUAGAAAAUAAUAUGAAUACAGAUGGAGCUUUAAAACGUUUUGAAAAUCUUUAUGGAACACGAACAACAUCAGACCAUUGUGCUUCUUAUGUUUGA